AUGCUUCCAUUUCUUUUUCCUUAUCAGUCCAGCCAAGCACCGAAGGAACCUCCUUCCUCAAUCGCUGCUUCUUCAUGCCCUCAUCUGUUCGUACCACAUCGACCCUCGCUGUUGCUCCAUUCCCUUUCUUUGCUUCGGCUUAUCGAACCCAGGAGACCAUAUCGGUUUGUGAAGCCGACCGACAAACCAUCGCUGCUUCUCCAUCCCUCCUCUUUGGUCUCGUCGACCACCGACGAUGCUCCCCUGAUGGAUUUACCAUCAUCGGGCCAAGUACCACCAUCGUCGCCUCAUUAUUUCUUUGAAUCAGAUGAACCCCAGAGUAGCCUCUCCGACCCACCCACGAUCGAUGCCCAUCGGUGCUGCUUCGACGGCGUUACGUUCCUUUCUCGUUCCCGAUCAAGUGAAAGGAAGAAGGCGACUCUUCUGUUUUUGGAGCCUGUUAAUCAACUGGAAACGGGGUAA